CCAUGGAUCCGGCCCUGGCUCGGGGGCGCUGCCCUGUAGAUGCAGCUCGGUGUGCUCCGCUCGCUGGACUCCCUCGCCCCGCAGCAUGGACCCGGCUCGCCGCCUGCUGCCCCUCGGGCUCUGCAUCGCCCUGUGCCUGUGGGGCACCAUGGCCCAGAAUCAUGGCGUACAAGGUACCACUGAGGACUGUAACAUCCAUAUGCUGUGCCCAGCAAACGCCACGUGUGUGAACAACACACACUGCACCUGCCUGGAUGGAUACCAGCCACAUGGGAAUCGCUUCUUCACCGACCCAACGGAGACCUGUGACGAUAUUAACGAGUGUCUGGAGUCAAGCCCGCCAGACUGCGGACGCAACGGAAACUGCAACAAUGUGCCUGGGAGUUACUACUGCACCUGCAUCGAUGGCUACGAGCCCAACUCUGGGAAAGCCAACUUCACGCACGCGAGUGAGAACAGCUGCCAGGACAUUGACGAGUGCAAGAAGACCCCAGAUAUCUGCGGCCCCAAGGCCACGUGUAUCAACUCCUACGGAAGCUACCUGUGUGAGUGCCAGGCCGGCUACGUCCCCUCCAACGGGAACACGACCCUGUGCCAAGAGCUCACCUGCCCCCCGCUGCUGGGUGAUGACAACUCUGCCAGAGCCAAGAACCUCCUGGGCAGCUUUUCGGCACAGGUGGGAAGUCUCUGCCAGGUGACGCUGGAGGAGCUGAAGCAGAUGAACUCUCAGAACGCUGAGGGGAAGCUGCAGGGCUUCUUGGACAUUCUGGAGAAGCAGAUAAAUCUGGUCGGGCAGCAGAGUGAGACCGUGGAGUGGAGACACCGGAUCGCAACGGAGCUGAUGGCCACAGUGGAGAAGCUGCUGAGAACGCUGGCCCUGACCAUGCGUGACCGCAUGAUCAGCAUCACAUCCUCCAAUGGCACAGAGCUGGGGCUGGCGGUCAGGCAGGCUGGGAACCAGAGCCAGGAGACCGUGACGCUGCAGCAGAGCAAGACGCAGAUGGAAUUAAAAUGGGCCGGAGCCCCAGGGCAGAAAAAUGAAGGCUUCACACUGGCCGGGCUGCUGACAUACCAGGGGAUGAGCCCCAUCCUGGACGGUGCUGGGCGGGUGGAGGCGCCUGCGUGGGAUGAGAUCGGCCGGACGGGGAAGUGGACCCGGGAGCCGGGGCGGCCUAGCUACCGUGUGCUGUCUCCAGUCGUGUCGGCCUUCAUCAGUGACCCGAACCCCCAGGCACUUGACCUCUCCGCCAGCAUCUGCUUCAGCCACCCGGUGCCGGAGAAGAAGACUGACCUACGCCUCCUCUGCGCCUACUGGGAGCCUGGCAGCAGGCGCUGGGCCACCGACGGCUGCACCCUGCAGAAGUUGAACGCCACCACCACCCGCUGCCAGUGCAACCACCUGACCAGCUUCGCCGUGCUCAUGGCCUUCUACGAGCUGGAGGACUGGACCCUGGACGUCAUCACCAAGGUGGGGCUGGUGAUCUCACUGCUGUGCCUGCUGCUGGCCAUCAUCACCUUCCUCUUCUGCCGCACCCUCAAGGGCCCCCGCACCACCAUCCACCUGCACCUCUGCCUGGCGCUCUUCAUUGCCUACAGCGUCUUCCUCACCGGCACCUCCAGCACCGGCAACAGGGUGGUGUGCGGUGUGGUGGCCGGGCUCCUGCACUAUUUCUUCCUGGCCGCCUUCUGCUGGAUGUGCCUGGAGGGCGCCGAGCUCUACCUGUUGGUGGUUCAGGUCUUCACCCCCCACGGCCUCAGGCGCCGCUACAUGUUCCUGCUGGGCUAUGGAGUGCCGGCCCUCAUCGUGGGCAUCUCAGCCACCACCUACAGCCAGGGCUACGGCACGGCGCGCCACUGCUGGCUCUCGCUGGAGAAGCAAUUCAUUUGGAGCUUCCUGGCGCCUGUCUGCAUCAUCAUCGCGGUCAAUGCCGUGAUCUUUGUGGUCACCGUCUGGAAGCUGUCGCUGAAAUUCGCUGACAUCAACCCCGACAUGAGCCAGCUGAAGAAGCUCAGGGUGCUCACCAUCACGGCCAUCGCCCAGCUCUGCGUCCUGGGCACCACCUGGAUCUUCGGCAUGUUCCAGUUCAACCAGCGCAGCCUGGUCGCCUCCUACAUCUUCACCAUCCUCAACAGCCUGCAGGGGCUCUUCAUCUUCCUGCUGCACUGUCUGCUCAAGAAACAGGUGAGGGACGAGUACCGCAGGUGGCUGAGCUGUGGCGGCAUCAAGAGAGCGGCCAAAUCCUCUGAGUUCUCCAGCUCAAUCACCAUCACACGGCAGGGGCUCCAGCGGUCACAGGAGUCAGGGUGGUAGCACUCUUGCACUCAGCCCAUUUCUGGACACCGCAGCUUUGCACAUGAGAAAACCCGGCCCCCUGCCAGAUGCUUCAACGGUUGCCCAUUGGAACCAUUAUGCUGCCCAGCUGCCCCCACCUGCUGGGCUCUCACCAGCCCCAGGCCUGCGCGCUGCCAGCAUCACCAGCAAUAGCAACGGCCAGCAGGGCAGCCGCUCGGCUCCGACGCCACGUACUCUGGUCACAGGGGGCACCUUUCCCUUCGGUACGAACGGGUCCCUGGCCCCAGCUGUGGUGCAAUGCUGGGCCAGCCUGAGUGCGGGCAGUGGAGAUGAAUCCAGCCAGCAGUGAUGAACCCGCCCCCCCGAGGACCCCUCCCCUCCCCCCAGGCACUGCAGCAUCAGCCACUGCCCUUGGCUUCCAUGACGGUACGACGCGGCCUGAGCUGAAGGAGGCAAGCGGCCCCAGCCUGCGACGGCCCCCAGGGCUCGGCUGUCUGUGUCUCACUGGUGGCGCUUUUUUUUUUAAAUGAUCUUUUUAAAGUUAUUAAAAUAUUAAGUUUUGUGACAAAAACAGCUGCUUUGAGGAGCCACAUGUGUGGUGGCUGGAGAGAACCCAGGAGUCCUGACUCCCAGCCCCCGCUGCUCUACCCCUCCAGAUGACACAUUCUAAGGGCACAUGGGCCCACGGUGAUCCUCUGAGUCCAGCCAGCUGCAGAGCAGGCCCCCGCCCUCUCUCCCUCUCCAUUGAGAGCAGAACUUCCCGACUCCAUUUGGAAAGGGCCAGGGCUGAGAAUUCACCACGCCCCCGGGAAGCUGUUCCUCUGGUUAAUUUACCCUCCCUGCCAAUUUCCAGUGUGACGGUCUUGAAGAGCUCAUGAUCAAAGUCCCUAUAGACUGACCAAGUCACCCCUUCCCUGUCUCUCUGCUAAUCCACUUGAGCUCCUUGAGUCUGUCACUAGAGGGCAGGUUUGCGAAUCCUCACGGGUCUUCUGGCCUCUCUCCAAUUUAUCAGCAUCUGUCUGGAAGUGGGGACACCAGAACUGGGCACUAGUUAAGCGGCAUUCAGACCAGUGACAGAUACAGAGUAAAAUAACCUCCCUGUUCCUGCCUGAGGUUCCCCUCCAUGCAUCCACUGAAAGUUAUUUCAUUAAUAAUAGUAUUAGUUAUUAUUACUGAUCAUUAGUACACAAGGAGACUUCAAACAUUAGAGUUAAGCACCUGCUUUACCAGGGUGCCGAUUCAAAAUUCUUUCCCACACCCCAAGCAGGCGCUCCUAAACCUCUUGGGUUCUUUUAGUAAAAGCUCCGUUUAAAGUG